AUGUUUACGACACAUUCAUAUAUAAACGCGACCAAUGUUUUCAUAGAUUCUCAAUAUACGUCUCUUCUUUAUCUAUGGACUCAAAUUUCUCUUGUUCUUAGGAACAAUAGUAAUAUUUUACGAAUCAGAAAUAAAUCCACUCCAUCAUCUAUCUAUCUAUCUAUCUAUCUAUCUAUCUAUCUAUCUAUCUAUCUGUCUAUCCCAGUCUCUUCCUUGCCCAUCUAUCUAUCUAUCUCAGUGAAUUAUCUAUCUAUCUAUCUAUCUAUCUAUCUAUCUAUCUAUCUAUCUAUCUCAGUCUCUUCCUUGCCCAUCUAUCUAUCUAUCUAUCUAUCUAUCUAUCUAUCUAUCUAUCUAUCUAUCUCAUUCUGUGGUCAGGGGAGGAAAAGCGCGAGACAGGAGACAGCGGAGGAAAAGCACGAGACAGGGUUCAUCGAAGGAAAAGCUAGAACCGGGGGUCAGCAGAGGAAAAGCACGAGCCAGGGGUCAUCGGAGGAAAAGCACGAGCCAGGAAUCAGCGUAGGAAAAUCACGAGACAGGCGUCAACGAAGGAAAAGAACGAGCCAAGGGUCAGCGAAGGAAAAGCACGAACCAGGUGUCAGGGGAGGAAAAGCACGAGCCAGGGGUCAGCAGAGGAAAAGCACGAGACAGGCGUCAGCAGAGGAAAAGCACGAGCCAGGGGUCAGCAGAGGAAAAGCACGAGACAGGGGUCAGCGAAGGAAACGCACGAGCCAGGGAUCAGCAGAGGAAAAGCAUGAGACAGGGUUCAGCGAAAGAAAAGCUAGAACCGGGCGUCAGCGGAGGAAAAGCACGAGACAGGAUUCAGGGGAGGAAAAACAUGAGACACGAGUCAGCAGAGGAAAAGCAUGA